AUGUCGUCAAGCCAGAAGCCGCAUAUCGAUAAAGAACGGCUCAAGGAGAAGUUCGAUAUCUCCAACUUCGAUAUCAAUGCCGUGUUGCGAGGUUUCCAGCUUACUAUAGUUGGGGCCCACAGAGCUCUACAGAACCCUACCAUCUUUACCUCGAAGCACUACAGGCAAGCUGCUAGUGCUGUGGCGGCUGGCAUUGCCAUCCGGCUUGCCAUUGCUAUUCCGAUUAUUGGCAUCAGGGUCUUCCUAUGGAUGCUCUCCUUCGUAGUCGACCUUGAGGCUGUCACUUGGGAUGACACGCUAGUGGACGGACUUGCCUUUGUUGGCGAAUAUGUCCUGCAGGUUCCGCUUUUCCUCAUGAGCCUGAUGCGCUAUGUUACGCCAACUCUGGACAACUUAUUCAUGGACUCAUUGCAGUGGGUCGAUAUGACAUAUGUCCAGAAGCACAAGGACGAGGAUCCAGACAAGCUCAGGGACAUGUACUACCCGAAUCUCCGGCAGUACUCGGUCAAGGACGGCAGCACGCACACAUCAAGCACAGCCCAGGCAGUUUCCUUGUUCCUGUACCGCUUCUUGCGCAAGGGCCUGAUCUCACUCGCGGUAUUCGGUGCUUCAUACCUGCCCUACGUUGGCCGCUUCGUCCUUCCAGCCGCAUCUUUUUAUACCUUCAACAGAGCGGUGGGGCUUGGGCCAGCUUCGCUCAUCUUUGGCGUUGGUGUCUGCCUACCACGGAGGUAUCUAGUCAUCUUCCUGCAGUCAUACUUCGCCUCUCGGAGCCUUAUGAGGGAGUUGCUCGAGCCAUACUUUGCGCGAAUCCACUUCACCAAGCAGGAAAAGCGAAAAUGGUUCCACGACCGAGAGGGCAUUUUAUUCGGUUUUGGCAUAGGCUUUUAUAUCCUGCUCCGCGUUCCGCUGCUUGGCGUCUUGAUAUACGGCAUUGCUGAGGCUUCGGCUGCCUAUUUGAUCACCAAGAUUACCGACCCGCCGCCACCGCCUUCCCGAAGUGCGGGUUUUGCUACACGGCAGCAGGUGUGGACAAACAAACAUGAGUUCUUGAACCUGUCGCUUGCAGAUCUGGAUGCUCUCCUGGAUAAGCCCCCUCCGUACGAAGCUGCUGAUCCGAGCCAGUCUUCACCUGCCAAAGCCACGGGGAUCCGCACGGCAGCAAAGGUAUCCUUCGACAAACCAGCUGCAGACCAGCCGAUCCUUCAUAACAGAUUCGCAGUUCCUUUCGCUGGCACCAUCAAGGAUGGCGAGACCGUGAAGAUCGAGUGUCUUGACUGGACCGGUGGCCAGAUUGGCAACAAUGACUCGGCCGACGAUAUGCGGAACAUCGACCUGACCAAGGUCCACUACCUAACCGGCCCCUUCGAGAUCGAGGGGGCUCAACCGGGAGAUCUGCUGCUCGCCGAGAUCAUGGACGUCCAACCUUUCCAGGACCGACCAUGGGGUUUCACCGGCAUCUUCGACCGGAGCAAUGGCGGAGGUUUCCUGGAUGAGAUCUACCCAUCCGCAGCCAAGGCCAUCUGGGAUUUUGAGGGCAUCUUCUGCACCUCUCGGCACAUCCCGAACGUCAAGUUCGCGGGGCUCAUCCACCCGGGCAUCAUCGGCUGCGCCCCGUCGGCCGAGGUCCUGGCCACCUGGAACAGGCGCGAGGGAGAGCUGAUCGACGCCAACAGGCUGGCCGACCGCGAGGUCGCCCUCCCGCCACAGCCGAUCAACGUCCACGCCGGAAGCGCCGAGAAGGGGGUCGCCGAGAAGGUCGGCAGGGAGGGCGCGAGGACCAUCCCCGGCCGGCCUGAGCAUGGCGGGAAUUGCGAUAUCAAAAAUCUCAGCAGAGGUAGCAAGGUCUACCUCCCCGUGCAUGUUCCCGGAGCAAAGUUCAGUGUUGGAGACUUUCAUUUCUCGCAGGGCGACGGCGAGAUUUCCUUCUGCGGCGCCAUCGAGAUGGCCGGCGUCAUCACCAUCAACUUCAAGGUUAUCAAGAACGGGAUGGCGGACCUAGGGCUGAAGUCCCCGAUCUACAUACCGGGCCCCGUCGAGCCGCAGUUCGGCCCCGGCCGCCACAUCUACUUCGAGGGCUUCAGCGUCGACGAGCACGGCAAACAGCACUACAUGGAUGUCACCGUCGCAUAUCGGCAGACCAGUCUUCGAUGCAUCGAAUAUCUCCGCAGGUUCGGCUACAGCGACUACCAGUCCUACCUCCUCAUGUCGUGUGCGCCCAUCCAGGGCCACGUAGCCGGUAUCGUCGACAUCCCGAAUGCCUGCACCACCAUCGGCCUGCCGAUGGACAUAUUCGACUUCGAUAUCUCGCCGUCGGCGAUCCCGGCGAAGAAGGCGGAUAGGGGAACUUGUGCGUUCGAGACCGGGGUCAAGGAGGGCAAGGUCACGGCGGGUGGUAAGAAUAGCGAGCACAGCUUUGGAGGAGGCAUGACGUACAAGGAAGGCGUUGGGAAGUAG